AUUGCAUUUGUGAUGUUCCAAUUCCAAUGAGUGCACAAUUGUUUGUAGACCCCGACCCGCACCGUAAACAGGCCAUAAUGCUGCGCAUACUCUUCGGCUUGGCCCUUGCGGGCGCUGUGUCAGGCGACGAUGCACAAGUUGAGUAUCCCUACUGUUUUCGCUUCACCUGGAUCGGUCCCUAUCAAGAUAAGAAGCAUAUUGGCGGUUUGACUUGUGAGCACUUGCGUGAGGACUUCAAAAAUGUGCCGUGCCGACGGCCACUAGUGGCAACAGAUAAUGAUGCCAUACCGGACACAGUCGAUUUGUGGCGUCAUAAUUACAAACAGCCGAACGCCUUUGGUUGCCCCAUGGUGCCGGGAGAGACGUGCGUCAAAUACACAUAUACCUACAACAAGGGAGUGCAAAACAUCACUUAUAUGUGCGCGAAGGUGAACGCCUCCAGCGGUUGCUAUCGCCAGAAGUACAUUUCCGGCUUGGAGGUGGAGGUGUGUGUCUGCGAUUCGCAGCUGGGACGCAUGCCUUGCAAUCGCGCCGCGUACUCAUGUCGGCAUCUACUCAAAAACGGCAUAUUGUUGUUGCUUUUAGGCGGGAUUUCACUCAUUUGGCUUUAAUUAGUGGCGGCACUGUAAAUAUUUUCAACUUUCUAACAGUAAAGUCAGUUCGAAUCAGUAAGGUAGAGUACGUAAGCGCGGAAACACGAAUUAAAUACACUCGCAAAU